CCUGCUGGCUAAGUGACUCCUGAAAAACGCUUACAACCCAGAGCUGCCCAGAUAGACUGAGAAGCUGCUUCAUCCCAAAGGGUCUAGGAUCGCCAAGGAGUCUCCUGGGACAUCCCAGCUCCUGCUGGCAGCAAACUGUUUUCUUCUGUCCUGCUCUUGUUUUCCUGGCAGUGUAGUGGGGUUGGAUUUAGUUAUUUAUUUAUAUGCUUAUGAAAUGUCCUGUAAAACAAGGCUUUUAGGAAUCUUAUAUAUAUAUAUAUAUUUUAGACCCGGGAACAUUUUGCUGAGCACAGCACAGGUUUGGAAACUGCUGCCUUUUGAUCUUCUCGCCUGUAUCAAUUUAACAGGUCGCUCUUUUUUUAUUUUUGAAGCUGGGUAUUUUCUUUCUCAAGCUGUCGCCUUUUGUCUUUCCAGGCACUCGGUGGGAAGUGCUGAGAGUUGUUAGCAUUGGUCUGAAUAGACAAAACAGGUUGGGUUUAGUUUUUUGAUCAGCCUCAACUGAACUUGCUUUAAUUUCUAACCACGUGUUUUUAAAAUGCUGAAGUUCUCGGCUGUUUCAGUUUGUAAAAUAUUUUGAUUUUUCAGAAAGGAUCCAGGCCCGAGGUUUUUGUUUGUUUAAAAAAUAUUUGUCCCCCGCUGGUGCAGACACUGUGUGUAGAGACUUCUCUGCGUCCUGCAUUCAAACCGUGAAUUUCGGUUUCUGAAACACUUUGAUUUUCAUACACAAUUUGCUGUUUUUGUUAGUUUAAAUCAUUAUUAUUUGUUCCUCUCUCCCACGGUGAAAUUCCCGUGGUUAAUUGCAGGGUUUUUUACAGCCUUUUGCUGCCUAUCUGUGUGUCUCUAUCUGCGAUUGUCUGUCUGUGGCCCUAUCUAGGCACGUUCCAAACUGCCCCUUCUUUGCUAGCGGAGCUCUCAGGUGUCUGUGUUGGACCAGUGAGUUACGGCACAGGGCCCCGUUGCAGGCCUAGCUGCUGCUACCAGUUGAUUUGCUUGCGGGGGGAAUAUUGUGAAACUGAGGUUUGUGCGUGCCUGAGGCCGGGGGCGUUGCUCAGAUAGCAGCUGGACCGAUGUCCCAGGUGGGCAGCAUGGAGGUUUUCAUGCCAGAGAUGCUAACGUUCAACCUCUGGGACUAUGGAGUAUUUGGUCUGAUGCUCCUGAUCUCCACGGGGAUCGGGCUUUUCUAUGCCCUCUCCAAAGGUGGGCAGAAGACCAGCGACGACUUCUUCACCGGGGGGCGCCAGAUGUCGGCCGUGCCUGUGGGGCUCUCGCUCUCUGCCAGUUUCAUGUCGGCCAUCCAGGUGCUGGGUGUGCCCGCGGAGGCCUACCGCUAUGGCAUGAAGUUCCUGUGGAUGUGCCUGGGGCAGAUGCUCAACACCCUGCUGACCGCCUACCUCUUCCUGCCCGUCUUCUACCGCCUGGGGCUGACCAGCACCUACGAGUAUCUGGAGCUGAGAUUCAGCAGGAAGGUUCGCCUGUGUGGGACCAUCCAGUAUAUCUUUGCCACGAUGCUGUACACAGGGAUCGUCAUCUACGCCCCUGCGCUGAUCCUCAACCAAGUGACCGGGCUGGAUAUCUGGGCGUCUCUUCUCUCCACUGGAGCCAUCUGCACCUUCUACACCACCAUAGGUGGGAUGAAGGCUGUCAUCUGGACAGAUGUGUUCCAGGUGUUGGUGAUGCUCUCUGGAUUCAUCGCCAUCUUGAUCCAGGGGACGCUGCUAGUGGGUGGCCCCAGCACCGCCCUGGAGAUCGCAUUCAACCACUCCAGGAUCAACCUGGCCGACUUUGACCCAGAUCCCAGGAGCCGCUACACCUUCUGGACCUUCACUUUUGGGGGCACCAUGGUGUGGCUCUCCAUGUACGGCGUGAACCAGGCCCAGGUCCAGCGCUAUGUGGCCUGCAAGACGGAGAAUGAGGCAAAACUUGCUCUGCUGGUCAACCAAGUGGGCCUCUUCUUCAUCGUCUCCAGCGCGGUGGGCUGUGGCAUUGUGAUGUUUGUGCUCUACAGGGACUGCGAUCCCCUCCUGGCCGGAUACAUCUCUGCCCCCGACCAGUACAUGCCCUACAUGGUCCUGGAUAUCUUUGAGAAGUACCCGGGCGUGCCCGGUCUCUUCCUGGCUUGUGCGUACAGCGGGACCCUCAGCACCGCGUCCACCAGCAUCAACGCCAUGGCAGCCGUCACUGUGGAAGACCUGGUCAAGCCCAACAUGCCCUCCCUGUCACCGCGGAAACUCACCCUCAUCUCCAAGGGACUCUCGUUAAUCUAUGGCACCUCGUGCAUCACGGUGGCUGCCUUGUCUUCACUGCUGGGAGGCGGUGUGCUGCAGGGUUCCUUCACCGUCAUGGGAGUGAUUAGCGGCCCUCUGCUUGGAGCCUUCAUCCUUGGGAUAUUCAUACCUGCCUGCAACACAGUCGGGGUUUUUGCAGGCUUGGGGGCUGGUUUUGUCCUCUCCUUCUGGGUGGCCAUGGGGGGCACUAUCUACCCACCCAGUGAGGACACCAUGGGCGUGCUGCCCUACUACGGAGACCUGUGCCCGCUCUACAAUAUUACCGAGGGGAUCAACAGCACUAUCGUCCUGGGACCUCUGCCUCCUCGGAACGUCUCUGCACCCCUGCAGAGGCCGGCCAUUGCCGAUGACUUUUACGCCAUGUCCUACCUCUACUAUGGGGCUUUGGGGACGCUGUCCGCCGUGGUGGUGGGGGUGCUGAUAAGUUACCUGACAGGUCCUACCAAGAGGAGCCAGAUGCCCCGGGGAGUGCUCUGGUGGGACAUUAUUAAGGAGACAUCUUUGCCAGAGGGCAGGAAAAAACCCUUUGAGGACAGUCUGACCAAGGACUCGGAGGACUCCCUCACUCUGCAGAAGAAGCCGUUCAGCUCCUCCACGCUCCUGCUGGCAGGGCUCACGGGCAGCGAGGAGGCCGACUGGGCGCUGCUGGCGAAGCAGGCGGAGGCGGCCGCCCCCUCGCAGUGCGACUCCAAGGAGUUCCUCUGGCUCUGCCGCCCUGUCGACACCGGCUGCUGCCACCUGCUGCGAGAGACCAAUGUCUAGGGCCGGGCAGCGCCAUGGGCUGGGCCGACACCGCUGAGCUCUGGCCCAAAGGGGAGGCUGCGCUGGACUCACCCCAGAGCCAGCAGGGGGUGAGGGGAACGAAUCCAGCCCCCACCUCAGUGAGGGAACAAAGGACAGAGCAGCCCUGGGCUGGCCAACCCCUCCACAUUCCCCCACCAGGACAUUCGCGGGGGUGGGGGGAGUAUUCUCAGCACAACCAGGUGAACAGUUACAGCACCCCCUGCCCUGCACCGUCCCCCUCCAGGGGUGCCCAGGGCUCUGGCUGGCCGGGCAGAGGCUGACACUGCAAAGCGGCAGCAUGAUGUUGCCUGGAUGCUGCAGGCGCCAGCCCGGCAAACGCCAAGUGGGUGGGGAAGGCAGUAGCUGCAUGGAGGGGCCAAGCUGCAGCAAGUGCUUAGCCCCGUGGCCGUGACAGAGCAGGACCUUGUCUAGAGCUGCCCAGCCCCUCCUGGCUGCUAACAUAGUGACAGAUGGAGCCCUAGGAUUUAGGUUGGUGGUUUCUGGGGAAACUGAGGCAGGGAGCAGGCAAGGGGCUUGGCAAGUUGGAGAAAGGGCCAUAGAAAGAACCCUGGAGUCCUCUGCUGAGCACCAGAGCAGCACUCACCGUGUAAAGGGCACCGGGGGGGAGAGACCCGCACCACCUGCUCCUCCCUUCUGAAUCCCUGUCCCAGGCUGCCACCCGGCACUAAGUACCACAUCAGCUCAUUUUAACCGGCGUGGGGCAGGGUUAGGCUGAGCUCAGGGGGACAGAUGGGGUUGGGUCAGCUCUGCCCUGGCCUCUCAGGUCAGCAAUUAGGCUGCAUCCCCAGCAGCAGUAAACAGCAGCUGAUUUCCAGCUGGGGCUGCGGGACAAGCUCUCUCCUUGAGCAGGCUCAGGCAGCGCCAGUGGGGCCCGACCUGGGGUUUUUAGGGAGUGUUUGGAGUUGAGUGACUCGCUCCAGGCUCCCUCUGGCAGCAUAUCAGCCUGGCUUCAAGGCUCCUGCUUCUUGCAUAACUCCUCCGGCCCGAAGCACUUUAUCGACCCAUCACAGUCUGGACCUGCUCAGGAAAUAUCUUAUCAGCCCAUGCGCUAUCUUAUCAGGGGCACACAAGCAUGUGUUGACUGCAAA